UACACAAAAACAGCUGUUCUUUUGCUAUGGGUUGAUGGAUUCUAACAUUUUAGCCUCACGUGUAGCGCACAAUUUAUAAUUUACUGGCAUAAAAACUAAUUAAUUUCCGCUAGAAAUCAUAUACGAAUGUUGUUAACACUCUUAAGGAACGCUGUGCGUGCCAAUAACCAAGAUAUACUAAAACAAUUGCUUCUCAAUAAAGGAGUCAAGAAAACACGAGACAUGAACUCAAAACAGACAACACAGCAGCAACAAGCAAAGGCCAAGGAUAAGGCUGACAAACCAGUGGUCUUAAGAAAAGAACGGCAACAACAGGCAGCUAAGAAGAAGGCUGUUCCUUAUAUACCCGGCACUGUAACUUUGCAAAUACUUGGAGCUGGUUCCAAUGGGUCGCCGGCAUCGGUGUACUUGUUCACUGAUCAGUCAAGGUAUCUAUUCAAUUGUGGCGAGGGCACCCAACGUUUGGCUCAUGAACACAAAACCAAAUUGGCCCGCUUAGAGCAAAUAUUUGUUACACGCAAUACAUGGCCCAGCAUAGGAGGACUACCUGGUCUGGCUUUGACGGUUCAAGAUGCCGGAGUGAAAGAAUUGUCUUUACAUGGUCCCCCAUAUCUGGACAAUAUUCUAAUGUCUAUGAGAAAAUUUGUGGUUUUGAAAAAUCUACAGCUUAAAACUGUGGAUUGCACUGUAACACAAGAAUUUGAAGACUCAGUGAUGACAGUCAAAAGCCUGCCUUUAUAUCACAGUAAACAAAAUGGCCAGUCAGCUGAGUCUGCGGAAACUUACCCAAAUCAGGAUUCAGUAGUAAUUUCCUACAUUUGUACCUUGAAACCUCGACCUGGUCCCCUAAACUUAGACAAAUGUGUUGAACAUGGAGUACCGCCUGGACCUCUUUUGGGUCUUUUGAAAAAUGGCAUAGAUGUUACACUAGAAAAUGGCACAUUGGUCAAGUCAGCCGAUGUUAGUGAGCCUAAUGAGAAUCCCUUGUCAUUCAUAUUUCUGGACAUUCCUUCUGUGGACUUUUUGGAAAACUUGGAAAAACACAAAGCCUUAUUGAUCAACAAACGAAUCAACACUGAUAAUACACCCGAAUUGGCUGUUAUGGUGCACUUUGCUCCCAUUGAGGUACUCAAUAACAAUGUGUAUAAAACAUUUUUGGAAAAAUUUGCCCCAGCCACCCAGCAUAUCUUUCUAAAUGCAGCCCAAAAUACAUUUUCUGGUUACAUAGCUGCACAUAGAAUUCAAUAUCAGCUGAAUCAAUUGAAUCCCAAAGUAUUUCCAAUUUUGGCAGAAGCAACCCAACUCUUGGGUGGGUUGAAUAAUAAGCUAAAGAAAACAAAGUUAGAGGAUGUUGGUGGAAAUGAGACAUUGUCCAGGUAUUCGGAAAGCUCAGGAUUUGAGCAAAAAUUGCAAGAUUUAAAUACCAUGAGUAUUUAUCACUUAAGGCCCAGAAAAGGUUUGGAUCGUACCUCGGAAGCAAAAUUGCAGCCCACUGAAUACAUAAACGAAACCCAAAUUCCAGACUUUCCUUCUAUGCUGGAGAAAUUCAAAGCCGAUGUGAAGAAUCUCGAAUCCUCACCAAAAUCGUUUCCAAAAUAUCCCAUUAUUACAUUUCUGGGCACAGGCUCCUGCAUACCAAAUAAAACCCGAAAUGUUAGUGCAAUUUUGGUACAAUCACAGGAUAACAGUUAUGUGCUGCUAGACUGUGGCGAAGGGACAUUGGGUCAAAUUCAACGUAUGUUUGGUGUAGCCAAAGCACAGGAGAUUGUUAAAAAUCUCAAAAUCAUUUACAUUUCACAUUUGCAUGCUGAUCAUCACAUUGGCCUUAUUGGUUUGUUAACGGAGAGAUUGAAAUUGGAGACUAAUGCAGAGGAAAAAUUCCAGAAAGUUAUGGUAAUGGCUCCCAAACAAAUUGAACCCUGGCUAAAUUUUUAUCAGGAAUGUAUACAUAACAUAAAAGAAUCUUAUGAGCUGGUGGGCAAUGCCGAUAUGUUGAAUGAACCUUUAGAUUUAAGUAAAACUCAUGCAGAUUUGGGCAUAGAAUCCAUAGCCACCUGUAUGGUUAAACAUUGUCCUCAUUCCUUUGGUGUUAAGCUAAAUAUAAGGCCUAUAGAAGACAGAAGAGAGGAACCCCUUAGUCUUGUCUACAGCGGAGAUUCAAUGCCUUGCCAAGAUCUUAUAGAUUUGGGUCAAAAUUGCACAAUAUUAAUACAUGAAGCCACUAUGGAAGACGAUCUAGAGGAUGAGGCCAAACUAAAAAUGCACAGCACAAUUUCUCAGGCUAUACAACAAGGGAAGGCUAUGAAUGCCCAGCAUAUUAUAUUGACACAUUUCUCACAACGUUAUGCCAAGCUACCACGUUUGCCUAUGAAUAAUCAAAUUAAGAAUGAAGAAGAAAUGGAAGCUGAGCCCUUACCCUCACCAUCACCUAUGUCUAAUGUCUCCAUAGCUUUUGAUAAUAUGCAAAUUUCUUUGGAAGAAUUGCAAAAUUUCCAUGUUAUGUAUCCCGUUAUGCGUUCUUUGUUUGCUGACCAUGCCGAGGAGCUGGAGCAGAAAGCGCUGAAACGAGAAAUGAAAUUAGAAAGAAAACGAAAGUUAAUGAGUUCGUAAAAUGUAGUUGGCUAUGAGCAUUUCUUUUAAUAUCUAAUGGUUAUUAAAUUAUUUGGUUAUUGAUAAUUUGGUUAUUAAAUUUAUGAAUUAAUUAUUUAAUUAAGGCCAUAUAUUUUAUAUAAAUGACAACAAAAUGGAAAUUACAAAAUAUGUAAAAGUUGUAUUAAAUAUACAUCAAAUUCUUAAUGGAA